UGCGGUGACGUCUCGGGUGGACAGUGCCUCCGUCACGUGCCUCCUGCUGCCAUCCCGGCUGCCUACUACAGCGCCGCUGCCAUCCGUGGCUUGCCGUGGCGGCGUCUUGAGGCGCUGCUGGAGCUGCCAGCCGCGCCGCCCAGCCACGACGCCGCCCGCCUCCUUAGUUACCUCCUCCUCCUGCUCCUCGGCCUCCUCGGCGUCUCCCCAGCACCCGCGCGCCCCCGCUCGGCCGCCAGUGGGCAGGCCCAGCACGCUGGCCGAGAUGAGUGCGCUGGAAAACACGGGCGGCUGCGUCUUGAGGAGAAAAGGCCGGCCCCUUGCUCACUGGAAAACAGGAAAUGAUCCACCUUGCUGCGUCGUCGGCCCAAAACUUGCGCCUUUUUGGCGCUGGCCGGCCCAAGAGUCGGCACUCGUCGAGACGGGCCUAAACUCCCCAGUCGCUUCGAUCGCUCGGCCAGCUCAGCUCGCGGCCUCAGUCUAGCUAGUGUGGCGACGCGUGCAGUCUUGUGUAGGAGCGCCACCUCGGCCGCCGCCUCAGCCCCCGGCACCCGCCAUGAGCCCCACUUGACCCGCUCGCGGCCAACGGUACUGACCUAACCUCUCGCAACUUGCUGACCUCUAUACUCAGCGCCUCACCUCGCCGCCCGUUACCGGGCCAUUUCUUCCGGAUAGUUGGUGACCUGUCAAGCCUUCACGCUGGCUAACAACGGGUGUGACCUUCCACCCACCACACUGGCGCCCCCUGACCGCAUACCCUCGCCUGACCUGUCAACACCCAUGCCGGCAACAGCCGAUCCGGACGAACCGCCAGCCAGGACGAUGGAUUCCCCGGUGUAUCCGGCUCCAUCUUUAGGACCUGCUUCCCCAUACCCCCCACGGACUCUAGCCUCCCCCUCCUUCACAGGCAGACCAAUGGAGUCCCCCAUAUUCCCCCCGCGGACUUCAGACUCUUCCCUACUGACAGCUAAGCUGGAGGCGCCACCGUCACCCCCGGCUUACCCACAGAGGAAUAUGGACAUGCCUUAUGGCCAACGACCUCUUCCAGAGCAUCCUAUGGGAUACUCAAACUACUCAACAGGAUCGUUCCCACCGUCUUCCGGCCCUUACGGGCCCCCUCCAGUGUCGUUCGCCUCGCUACCUCCUUCCUUCACGUCCUCGUCGCUCGCCCCCUCGCUCUCCUCUACCCCAGGAUUCCCCCCAUCAGGAGCCACUGCAUCUCCGCCUCUAGAAGCUUUUGUACAGUUGCUUCUUGCAAUGAACGUCGAAGAUCAACUGAAGGUAUGUUUAAAGACGCACACGAUUGGUGUGUGUGUUCUCGCUUGUAAGAACACCUGA